AUGGACUUUUUAAAGGAAGAAAUUGAAAAAAAACGCCGGCAAUUAGAAGGUAAGAAUGAUAUUCCAGCAAAAAAAGCGUUUCGACGAGGAGAUUGGGAGAAGGAGAGAGAAAGGAAAUAUUUGGAAGAUCAACGAGAAACGGAACUGAAGAAGCAAGAGAAGAAACGAAAAUUAGAUGAAGAGAGGGAAUCCUACGAAAAAGAAAGACGUCACCCUGUCUCGAAAAUAUCAAAAGUAGAUGAAAUGUCGAAUUCUUCUUCUCCAAUUGCAACGAGUAAAGCAGCGAGUCCAGGUGUAAGUGAUUCCCAAAAUGCUACAAAAUCAUCGUCUCCUUCUACCAAAAGUGAGCAUCCAGAACUCCCGCUUUCAGAAGUCGUUCGCAAGCUUCGAGAACUGAAGGAGCCCAUAAAAUUAUUCGGCGAAUCUGAAGAAGCACUAUUGAAACGAUUCUUCAUUAUUGAAAAAGAAAAAGAAAUUGAGCAGUUGGAGAAAGAGCUUUUGAGUAGAGGUGUUGAACUCAUUGAUUAUCAGCAAGCUACUCAUGAAAAGCCACGGAUUUCGAAACAAGUUGUUACUUUCCUACGACGUGGAAUAUUCGUGUGGGACAAAAUAUUAACAUCAAAACCCACUUCUGAGCUGAAUAGUCCCGAAGCACAAGGUCAAUUGAAGAUUUUCCGACAAGCUAAACAAGACCUAGAGACCCUUAUACGAUUACUCAUUGACGGCACACUAAAUGACAAUAUAGUAUCCAAAAUUGCUGAAAUAUGUUACCUGUGCCAGCGUAAAGAGUUUGUGAAAGCAAACGACGUCUAUUUGCAACUUACUAUUGGAAAUGCGCCAUGGCCCAUAGGUGUCACUAUGGUAGGUAUUCACGAGCGUAGUGCUCAUCAAAGGCUACAACGGGAUCCAAAUACAAGCAUUUUGAAAGACGAGAAGAAAAGAAAGUGUUUACAAGCCUUAAAACGUUUUAUAACUUUUUCAGAAAGAGAGGAUCCAGAUUGGUUUUCAGAGAAGGAUUUUAACUAA